AUGGCAGCCGUAUACACGCAGGUGCAGUCGCAGGAUGAGCUGGUAGCACUCUUUUCUCGCAACCUCACAUUAGACCACUUGUCUCAACCAACACCCACACCAGUACCCGCCCCUGUCCCCGUGGAAGAGCCCCAGGAAGAGCGCAAGAUCGUCUACAUCUCACAACAUUACAACCACUCGGCCCACCUCGUAAAGAAGGAUGAACAGCCACCACGCCCCGCCUCUGAACCGCCCCAGAGCGAGCAUGCCAUCGUAGAGCAAGUCCUCAGGGAGCACAGCGUAAACACCUCCGGCCUCUCAUCCGCCCAGCUCCAGCUCUUCAGGACCGCCGACACCCCACAACAACUCCGCUUGAUUGAGCUCUGGCGUGCCUGCCCUCCCACCAACAGCACCGACAACCCGACCUUGACAUGGAGCAUGACGAGCGUCGAGCAAGAAGAAACCCUCGCCCGGCUGCGCUUCGAGCAGCAACAACAAGAGCUGAUCGACCAGCAGCUACAGCAAGAGUUCGGCAUGAUGCAAGACGACCCCGAGCCCGAGCCCGAGACGGUCAUGUCGCUCGACGGCACGCCGCUGACGCCCAUCCAGGCCGGCGACGGCCGCUGGAUUGCCACGUCGGAUCGGGCGUCCUACCACUACAUGGAGCCGUACAUGGCGUCGGGAUACGAGGAGAUGGCCCGCCGUGAGUAUGAAGAGUCCAUGAGCAGGGCAUAUGCUGAGUCUAUGGCCCCGCCACCAAAGGAGACCAAUUCGCUCGCGGCUGCUGCCCUCGCCAGCGCUGGGGGUACCCCGACUUUUAACCCCUCGCACGCCGACCCCGUGUAUAAGACGACCAACGUGGGCAACAGCGUGAACUGGGGGAACGAGGCCGCCAUGGCGGACCAGUAUGGGCGGCUCAUGGCCAUGAGGGACGACGAGGAGAUGCUCUGA